AAAAAUGUUUAUUCGAAUGAUAAUAAUUGUUUUGUUGUUAGACAAAAUCUAAGUACCUAUACUAUUUGUAAAAAAUCUGCCAAGAAUCGUGAAAACAAUUUAAUCAAAUACGCUCGUUUUUUAAAUACAAUAUUGGGUUUUUUAAAAGUAAGUAAGCCAUAGGCACAAAUUAGGUUGAUAGGGGGGAGCAAUGUUUAGCUUUUAGCAUCCCAAAAACUGAACAGAUACAUGAUGUAUUUUUAUAUAGAUAUCAUAAUUUAGUCAUUUCUCAGAUUUCAUCAAAAUACCCUAGCCGUCCUCUUCAUAAAAAAAUGCGGAGCAUACUGGUGCCUAUAUAUUAUACAGUAUAGUAGUUUUACUAUACUCUAUUCCAAAUAAGUUUUGAAAAAUGUACGACGAAAACGCGUCCGGUUUCGCGCAGGUAUGUCACGUGAUCUGCCGGUGGCGAGCGCUGUUUUCGACGAUCCGGUUGUAUACAGCCUGACUGCAUUUUCUCAACCGUCAACACUUCGCUUGCUUACGUCCUGUCGAAAACUUACUCCGCGUAUACGCACAUUCAUCGAACCUGCUUUCGGCGUUUUUAUUUGUUUGUUAGUUUGUUUUAUUUAAACAAUUUAUUUUUUUUUAAUUUGAUUUCACAAGAUGAGUGAUAACGACGAGAUAGCGAAUCCACCACCAAUUAAAAAAAAUAAACGUGGAAAAAUUAUUGACGAACAACGGAGAAUCACCAUUAUAAAUCUAUAUAAGGUAAAUCUGCUCAAACAUCCAGAUAUGCCGUUGUAUAAAAUGGCGAAAAUGAUUGCGGAUUCCACCGGUAUUGGUAAAACUACGGUUGGAAAUGUUAUAAAAGAAUAUGAAGAGUCGAAGACAAUAAUGGAAUAAUUAUUCCAAAAAUAAAACGGGCCAAACAAUCAUUUUUGGACACCAUAGACGAUUUUGACAAGAACGCAGUUCGUGAGCACGUUCAUAAAAUUUGGUUUGCUCGUCAAAUUCCUACGGUUGACAAGAUAUUUCAAGCUGUGGCCUCCGAUGAUAGUUUGCCGUCAAUAUCUCGUAAGAAUUUAUUUCGCCUGCUAAAAGCAUUGAAUUUCCGUUACACUAAGCGGAGUCGGAAUAGUGCUCUUACAGAAAGAAAUGAAUUAGUGGAGUGGCGCAGACUUUAUUUACGAGACAUUGAGCGGUAUCGUGAGGAAGGUCAGCACAUUUAUUACCUGGACGAGACGUGGGUAAAUGCCGGUGAGUGUACGUCGAAAACAUGGGUCGACACAACAAUAAAAUCGCACCACGAUGCAUUUCAAAAGGAGCUCACUACAGGGAGUGUGAAUCCUUCAGGCAAAGGAAAAAGGCUCAUUGUUCUGUACAUCGGUUCGGAAGACGGUUUUGUUCCCGAUGCCUUAUUGUGCUUCGAGUCGAAGAAAAAUACAAGCGAUUACCACGACGAAAUGAACGGGGACACGUUUCGUGAAUCGUGAGUGGAUGGAGGGUAUUUUACCACGACUAAAACCAAAUUCUGUUAUCGUCAUGGACAAUGCUUCGUACCACUCGGUGAAAAUUGACAAAGCCCCUUCAUCUAACACCCGGAAGGCUGACAUAAUUAAGUGGUUAACCGAUAAAGGAAUAUUUAUAGACAGGCCUAUGGUGAUCCCUGAACUACUGCUUAUGGUAAAGCGUUUAAAACCACAGCACGAAAGGUACGUCAUCGAUGAGCUAGCUAAAUCCUAUAACCACACUGUCUUAAGAUUGCCGCCGUACCACUGCGAGCUCAACCCCAUAGAAUUGGCUUGGUCGUCGGUUAAGAACCAUGUUCGAAUGAACAAUACCACCUACAAACUUCCAGAUGUGAAACAAUUAUUGAUACUAGGCGUGAGUCGUGUAGACUCGACCAUGUGGACAAAUUUUAUACGGCACACAAAAAAAGAAGAAAAAAAAUUUUAUGACAUCGACAUCAUUGACGAUAUUUUGUCUGCGGAAACGUCAGAUUUGCGGUUGACCAUUACAGGAGAAACGACAUCAGAUUCUGAAUCAGAUUCGGAUUAGUACCAUAAUAAUGUAAAUAUGACUUUUUUAAUUUUGUAUAUUAUAUGUAAAUAUGACU